CCUCACUCCACGGCCGGGUGCGGCCGUGACGUCACGGGAGCUGAGCGGAAGCGGAAGAGCAGUGUGGUUUCCCUUUUCGCCCGGCGGUGGGAAGUAGCCGAGGUUCCUUUUGUGUUCCUUCCUGCCCCUCUCAACGGAGGGCCUGAAUUGAUUUAUUUCUUCGGAGCUGCUUCAGCGGGCGGACUCUCAAGAGGCUUCCUUUUCCUCUUCGGCGCCCUUCUUGACAGCUCCGCCCAUCAUGGCGGCCACGGCCAACUUGCAGAAAGCAAUAGACCUUGCUAGCAAGGCAGCACAAGAAGAUAAAGCAGGGAACUUUGAGGAAGCCCUCCGCUUGUAUCAACAUGCUGUACAGUAUUUUCUUCAUGUUGUAAAAUAUGAAGCACAAGGUGAUAAAGCAAAACAAAGCAUCAGAGCAAAGUGUACCGAGUAUUUAGACAGAGCUGAAAAACUAAAAGAAUAUCUGAAAAAGAAAGAAAAAGCUCCCCUGAAGCCAGUGAAAGAAUCUGGUCCUGCUGAUGAAAAAGGAAAUGAUAGUGAUGGGGAAGGAGAAUCAGAUGAUCCUGAGAAAAAGAAGCUGCAGAAUCAACUACAAGGUGCCAUUGUUAUGGAGCGGCCAAAUGUUAAGUGGAAUGAUGUCGCUGGCCUAGAAGGAGCAAAAGAGGCACUUAAAGAAGCAGUAAUAUUGCCUAUUAAAUUUCCUCAUCUUUUCACAGGUAAAAGAACACCCUGGAGAGGGAUUCUUCUGUUUGGACCCCCAGGGACAGGGAAAUCCUACUUAGCAAAAGCUGUUGCAACAGAAGCUAACAAUUCUACAUUUUUCUCCGUAUCUUCUUCUGACCUUGUCUCAAAAUGGUUGGGGGAAAGUGAGAAGUUAGUGAAGAAUCUCUUCCAGCUCGCCAGAGAAAACAAGCCGUCAAUUAUCUUUAUUGAUGAAAUAGAUUCUCUUUGUGGGUCCAGAAGUGAAAAUGAAAGUGAGGCAGCUAGGCGCAUUAAAACAGAGUUUCUGGUCCAGAUGCAAGGAGUUGGAACAGAUAAUGAAGGGAUUUUGGUUUUGGGAGCUACAAACAUACCUUGGGUUCUCGACUCUGCCAUCAGAAGAAGGUUCGAGAAGCGUAUUUACAUUCCCUUACCUGAAGAUCAUGCAAGAGCUGCAAUGUUUAAACUUCAUCUGGGGACCACUAAGAACACGUUGACUGAAUCAGAUUAUCGGGAACUUGGAAAGCGAACUGAUGGCUACUCGGGUGCUGAUAUCAGUGUAAUAGUACGCGAUGCUCUAAUGCAGCCAGUUAGGAAAGUUCAAUCAGCCACACACUUUAAAAAAGUUCAAGGACCAUCACUGGCUGAUCCAAAUGUUUUAGGAGAGCUCUUUACUCCAUGCUCUCCAGGAGAACCCAAUGCCAUUGAAAUGACAUGGAUGGAUGUACCAGGAGAUAAACUACUGGAACCUGUUGUCUGCAUGGCUGAUAUGUUGAGAUCGUUAUCCAGCACAAAGCCCACUGUGAAUGAGCAGGAUUUGGAAAAACUAAAGAAAUUCACAGAAGAUUUUGGACAGGAAGGCUAAUACAAAGACUGCUGUGACCCUCAAAUUUCUUUCUUUGGGAUUCUUGCCUCUCUGUUGCCAGUGAAUGACUUGCUCCUUCCUGUUUUUCCAUGUGAACUGAAGAGCCAUUUUCAAGGACCCUUGAGCUUUUGUAUAUCACUUUCCAGAAAUAGCUAUAAAACGUCUCCUUCUGAGAGCAUGGUACUAGGACCUUGUGGCAAAGAAGAAGGAAAAUGUGGAAAAUAUUUAAAAAUUUGGCAACUCCUUCAGGUAUAAUUGCAGGUUUUUUGAGUUUAGAUUUUAGGUAAUAUAUACUAGUUCUAGUUUAUAAAUAUUCAUAAAUAUCUAUAGAAAACUACUUUAAAAGGUGCAAAAGAUUUAUUUGAUUACCAGAUAUUUUCAGUGGCAGUUAAUCUGCAAAAUAACUGCUUUAUUUGGAAUUGCACAGAGGAUUUUGGUUAUACAGGUGGUUAAAUGAGCAUUGAAGUACAGCUGAAGUCAGGAUUAGGCAUAGAGAGAAAGGAUUUGGUGUUUCAAUAAAGGCCAGUACUUAAAGAGUACAAUACUCAAUUUAUCUUUUUUCCUAUUAUGUUAAAUUUAGACAUUGCCUUAAAAGCGAAAAGCAUUGUUUUUAAUAGCUCACCAAUAGACACUGUCACUGUGCAAUCUACCAGAUAACAUAUUCCGAAUGUAAAUAUUGUGGAAGCGGGUUUCUCUCUGCUCUUCAUUCAACUUUAUUAUCUGUAUGAGUUUAAGCAUGGGAUAUAUUCUGACAAAACUCCAUGGGCAAUCCUGCAAACUCCAUUUAAGCCAGCUAAUUAUUGGGGAAAGUGAAGUUGUGGAAUUUUGCAUUUUGGAACAAGUAUCAAGUACCAGGUGCCAAGGAAAGUUGUCCUUAUUCAAAGUCAGCUGGAACAUCUACUUGAUUUAAUCUAAUAACUAAACAUUUCACAAACAAGCUGAUACUGCUUUUCAGAUAGUAUAUGGGUAGCACAGGCCCCUCACAGGGCCUUUGCUAAGAAUCGUGCAUCUUGGAAAAGUGCCUGAAUGUAACUGUGUCAACACUACAGUGGCCUAGCCAAUAAACUAAACCUUAUAUUAGUGUGAUGAGGAAACAUCGCAGAGGUCCUAGAUAUUCCUUCUUCUCUCCAGGUGCAUUGACAUGUUCAGAAUCUCACUUGAGUUUAUGUUAACCAGCUUGUCAUAACCUCUGAGUCUCACAGCUAUUAUUAACUAUAGUUUGCUAGAGUGAGCCAGUUUCAACCCGCAGGUUAAUUUGCUUAGUUUAAACCAAACAUAAUCAAAACAAUAGCAGACAUUAGGUUUUGUGCAACAGACUAAACUGUAGAUAAUGGGGAAAGUGGCAGCUUCUGACACUUAGCCACAUUAUAAGUAGAGAGAACAUAGAAAGCAGAGAUAUAUUUCAGUUUGUUUUCAUCACACUAAAUUAUGGUUUGGCAUGAUUUCCUGAAUGUGAUCGGUGACAGCACUGAAUUAGUGCCUUGUAAGUUUGCCCUGGUUUAUAGACAAGCAAUCCUUUGAGGAUCAGUGUAACACGUUGCAUUUGUGUUAAAAGCAACACCUUGUGGAUGCAUUGUGUCUUAUAAAUUUCCAUGUAAAGUACUGUAUACUCGCUCACCUCAUAGACGUUGGCUUCAUUUUAUGUACAAAUUUUGUGUUCUUUCCAAAAUCAGGACUGGAUGAAAUUUGGUUUCUGAAUGAAGUAAAAACUUGCAAUACAACACACUAGCUUGUUUUUGUAUAGGUUUUUUCUGUUCUUUUCUGUUAUUAGGUAUACUUUCUGUUCUCAGUAUGUUUUCUAUAAUUUUAAACUAUGUGGAAUAUUUUUAUUCCAGUUGACAAUUCAAAUGGUGUUCUGAGACCAAAUGGAAAAAGGAAUUUUUUUUACAGAACACAUCCUUAUAACUAGAUUUUACUCUGACUGCAGUCUUUAAUGUUUACUUAGGCCACAUAUAUUUUUCAGUGCAUUAAAAACUCUUUACUGUGCUGUCCAUGCAUUGUGUACACCUAUCCUAUCUAAAAUCUUGCAAUUUGCUUUAGGUGCUUACAACAUUAUGCCUGCUUUCAAAAAAGUACCAUCUAGAGGGAUGGAUUCAGACUUGAUUCAGACAUACUGAGCUUCACCUUAUGUUACUGUUGUGAUGUGUGCACUCUUAAACAUUUGGCACUUAUAUCAUGGAGACUGUAAGUCACCAAUCAAAGCUCAUCUGUAUUGACUUAAAAUCCAAAAUAAAAUAAAGCUGGUGUUCUAA